AUGGCACAGUCGACUUCUACGUAUCCAACGACGACAACUGAUAUGUUUGGUGUUAGCAGUAAUGGUAAUAAUAGCGGAAACAGUUGUUCUUAUCAGACAGUAAUGCAGCAACACCAACCGCACCAACAUUUUUUUCCAAUUAAUGAUCAUAAUACGCCAUCAUCCACAACAUCUAUAAGCCUACAAGAUUGGAAUGAUGCUUGUGCUAAUCUCACAUCUGACGCGAUGGUUUCCUAUCAACUAUACACAAAUUUCAAUAAUGCUGCGGCAACAGUUUUUUCACCUCAAGAUUUCGCGAAUAAUGGCGGUGACGCUACUAUGGAUCAGGGUAAUGGAAAUAAUCUUGAUGAUGAUGGUAAUAAUGGAGCUCAUGAGACAAUCACGGGACCCUUCGAUUAUAAUGGAAAUGUAUCACCGAACGUGUCUGCUACCACAACUCCGUUGAUACCCUGUGGCGUGAUGACUGGCAAUGGUGCUGGACAAGAAUCCCAUCAACAGUUAGCUCCUACGAAUUUCCCCUCGCCAGUUUCUACCUCAAGUUCCACGUCACCAUUAAUAUCCCCAUCAUCUUCAUCUCCUCCACCAUCGUCUUCAUUUUCCGCAUUAAACAACAACAAUAGCUAUCAGCUAAUGAUGAAAUCGAAUUCAAACGCAAAUAGUGGUCUGGUUAAUUAUUCUUGCUCGCAACCAACCUUUAAGCCUCAAACUUGCCUUCUUGAUCAAUUGGCUGUUGCCACCGCCGUGGUCGCUGAUCAAGAUAAACCUGAAAAAAUGCAACAACAGCAAAAUCAAUUUCAUAUUAAUACGCAAACCCAACAACAAUCAAGAGAUCAAUUAAGCCAUCAAGAAAAACAAAAAUCAUCAUCGGAGACAAAACCCAAAAGAAGAUCAUCUCGAUCAAAGUUAACAACAACAUCAAAAAAAGAGCAACAACAAACCGCUCAAAACACCCAACAAGCUUCUAUUAGCGAUGCACAAGAAUCCUCGCGUAUAAUUAAUCGUAGACCAAAUUUAACUCAGCUAAACAUUGACACCACUAACACACAACCAUCAUCCAAUUAUUAUCAAUUAUCAUCAGCUGAAUUCAAUUUCACACCUGACACGCCAUCCUCAUCCGCCACUGUUGCUUUAUCGGCGUCAACGCCCGUAUUCCUUCCUAAUUCGGGCUUUCUCGAUGUCAACGAGCAAAUUAUGAAUAAUGGGUAUGGAAUUGACCCGAAUCUAUCAAUUGACGCAGCUCUUUUGGAUGCCGCCACCGCCGUUUCUUUAUCAUCAUCAUCGGGAACAUCAGAUUUUGAUGGUGUUGCAACUACUUUUUCGGUGGAUCAGAUUAUGGACAAUCUUCCUACUGUUACACCGGCUGCCGUUUCCACACUUGAUCAACAUUAUAGUCCACAACCUUCUUUCACUGAGUUGCUUACUCAAACGCCACCAAAUGCUAUCAUGGAUUCUAAUCCCGUUGAGGACAUGGAUACCAAUAGUGAUUAUUUCACCAGCAAAAUUUCACGACAGGAUAAUGCGAGUGGCUAUGUUGACAAUGAUUGUUCACAUCGCGCUCCAAUAACUCCCGUGCGUCGACGUAGUAGCAUUAUGUCAAUUCCACCAAAUAUCAAAUAUGAACAGACUGUGACAACGCCCGUUUUAUCACCACCUGAAACUCCAAAAGAAUUUUAUCCUUCGCCUCCUUCGGCAUCUCCUUCUCCACCGAAUACACCGACAUAUGGUCGCCGGGUCUCUAUUUCCCCUACUAUCUUGGAGGAAGAUGAGGACGCGUUAUCAAUCAACCCAUCGGUCCCGGAAAUCAAUAUGAAUGGGGUUUCGGUCAUGUCCGCCGCUGCAGCGAUUCCAUUGAACCUGACUAAUUCCGUUGAAAUGAUGAAACCAAUCAUUCAGCAAUAUUUAUCUUCACCUAAUCCUGCUUCAUUGGGCGAAAAGACUGUUAUGGUGUUAACUUCAAAAGUUGCUCAGAAAUCAUAUGGCACCGAAAAAAGAUUUUUAUGCCCCCCUCCGACUACAUUGAUUUUAGGUUCAAACUGGUGGACUCCGUCUCAAUCUACUACUAGUGAUGGAAUUGUUGGUAAUGGAACGACGACAACAUGUCACGGAACAACUACUACACUCAGCGCUCCAAAAAUCACGGUAGGCAUAUCAGGCGAACAAGGACAUCAACAAGGAAUACUAGAAUGGAUUAGUCCAACAGGAAAUCCUCUCGAUCCAUCAUCCUGUACAGAAAUGGCGUUCAGCGGAAAAUGUGUAUCCAAGCAUUUAUAUAUUAACGAUGCGGAUGAGAAGAGAAAACGAGUUGAAGUGCUGGUAAAGAUCGUAAGUCCACUUGGACACAAUUUUGGCACAUUCCCGAGCAAACCAAUCAAAGUUAUCAGCAAACCAAGCAAAAAACGACAAAGCGUAAAGAACAUGGAAUUGUGCAUUCAUCACGGUACUACGAUCUCAUUAUUUAAUCGAAUUCGAUCGCAAACGGUCUCCACGAAAUACCUUGGCGUGUCAAUGCAUAACGCGAGUCAAAAUUAUGCUCAAUGGAGUUAUUCUGGCGGUGUUGCUACUAUGGAACAACCUUCCCCUUGUUUUGUCGCACGUACUGGAAGUUGGGAUCCAUUCAUUAUCUGGAUCGUCGAUACAAAUCAUACAAACUCUGGUACACCGAUCCCGAUUCAUUAUAAUCAACCGGUUGUACUUCAAUGCUUGACAACUGGUAUGACAAGCCCUGUGAUGGUUAUUCGUAAAGUUGACAAAGGUAGUAAUGUGAUCGGCGGUGGACUCGUGGAUAAUAUCGGAAUGUAUGGAGUAGGUGAAGAAGCUCUUGGCGAUCCAGUGUCUCAGUUGCAUAAAGUAGCUUUUCAAAUCAAGGAUACCAAUGCGUCAAACUCUCAAAUGUUUUCUUCGCCAAAUCAAACACAUCCACCGGGGCCAGGCACAUAUUUGGCAUGUCUUGGUGAUGUUGUUGGAAUGCAACGUGCUAACGAAGGUCGAAAAAUGAUCACACCUUCUACACCUACUGCCGCUACACUCAACCAUAACACUUUCUUGGAUAUGAUGUCAAUACCAUCAUCAAAUACGACAAACACUGAUUACACCCCAGAAAUCGCUGCUGCUUGGAACUUCGCUUCCACGGCAUCAAUGAGCGAAUCUCGAGUUGUACAAUCGGAAGGUGGUAAAGCUAUUCGCAAACGACGCGUUUCAACAUCUGUCGCUGUAAAACCUACUACCCCGGUCUCUAAAUCAAUAAAGAAUAGACGACGAGUUAAUAGUUUGAGUGGUGUAGCUAGUGAGGUGGAUUUGGCAAGAAUUGUUGCUGAUGGACGAGGUAAUGCAAAUAGUAAUGCGCGAAAUGUAAAUGACAAUGCUGGGGCUAUUUGGACCGAAGAUGUUACGGAUUCAGCUGUCUGGACCAUUGUCGGAACUGAUUGUGCGACGUAUACAUUUUAUUCGCCACCAACAAUUGUUACGCGACAAUUAGAGUCCACAUCACCUUCAGGAAAUUGUCAUCAUUUACAACAUCAAAUGCCACCACCACCACCAUCUACUCCUGUCACUCCUAUUCCGAUUGUCACCAGCAUUACAACGGCAACAUCCACCACCACAUCGUCAUCAGCUUCUUCAACUUCAUCCAACACUAUUACCAUACACGGAGAAAAUUUCACUCGUGAUUUGAUUGUAUGGUUCGGCGAUUUACCAAGUCCAAGAACUGAAUUCCGAUCACGUGAAUGUUUGGUGUGUUGGUUACCCGAUGAAUUAUUAUCUCCUUUUGGUGGAGAAAACCAAAAUAACCACAAAAAUUCGGAUGAAACCGAGAAUAGUCCUUCAUCCAACAAUAGACGUGGAAGCUCUUCUCAUCAACAAUUAUUGUUGCAUCAUCAUCACGUUCACACUCAGAGUGGCGGAGCGCGACCAAUUUUGUUGAGUCGUAACGACAGCCGAAGAGGUAUAAAAGAUGAAGCUUUAGUAGGAAUUUGCAAGCACAAGAAGAAUUGA